CAACAAACUGACAUCAUGGCUUCGACAGCAAGCACUGCGUCGAACGAACCAUUCUCAAACAAUCUACAGGCUCCUGUGUUCGUCGACAAACCAGGACGACUGUCACCUCGGCUCAGCUUCACUUCGAGCAGACCUUCUUGGAUCGGACCACAACACACAGCACGCUCAACCGCACCGGCAUCGUCCACAAUGGCAGAGAAGCAACAAAUUCAUUACAGCCACCCUGGCCUGCAGCCUCCCGUCUUCAUUGCCGGUUCUAUGUGCGAGCCGCAAUGGGAACCGAUAGAGAUGAAGCAGAAAGAGAAGGAGGAUGGCGAACUCGAAUUUGAGCACGAGUUCGAAGCAGACCCUGGAGAGUACCAAUACAAGUUCCGUCUCGGCCCUGGUGACUGGUGGGUGCUCGACGAGACCAAGCCGACUGCAUUACUGACACAUGCACCUUANGUCGACGAUGGAUCUGGAAUCCGCAACAACCUACUUGUCGUGGAACCCAAGCCUGUGCAAACAGAAGCCACCAAGGUCCCUGAACCACAAGCUGCACAAACAGCUGAAGAGAAGGAAAUGCCCGUGCCAAUACAAAUCACAGAUGCUCACGACAAGCACGAGGAAUUGGUUGAUGACAUGGAAGAUGAUGAUGACAUCCCCGAGAGCGAGAAGAACCUCUUCAGGCACGAGACUGUCCAGAUCCCCAAUCGUACGGGCGAGAGUGACAAGGAGGACGAAGAAGAAGACCUUGAGAACGAUGACGAGCAAUUUGAAGAGCCGCCGCUUCUCGAGCAUGAAAGAUCUUUUCAGCGUGUGGACAGCCAGCACGGUACACCGUUCAAGACCGCUAACUUCGACCUCGAUGAUACCACCGAAUCACCAAUUGAGGUCGACGAUUUCGCUGUUGACGAAUACGAUGCUCCGCCUCUUUUCAGACAUGAAACUGGUGUCGCAAGCGACCUAGACCCCGAUGAGGCACCGCUUUUUGCUCAUGAGAGCAUGUCUCCGGUCAUGUCCGCAAGCUCGUUCUCGCCCUCAUCUCGCAAGCAACGCAAGCCUGAUCUUGAAGACGUCAACGACCCUUCUCUCGAGCCCUUCCCUGUCGACGAGGCUGGCAUCCAGGCUCGCCUUCAGCGUGUGGCAACACGUCGUCGCGAGGACGAAGUUGUGUUUGAGGGAACUCCUCCUUCGCCAUCUCUGGCCCAGACGAAGUCUUUCUCACCCCAAGCUCGUCCUGAUCUCAUACACAACGAGUCUAGCGAUCUGAGUCAUCUUGACGCUAUUGAUGAAACAGAGGAGGCAGAUGAAGUAGACGAUACACCCGCUGUGAAGCCCGCUGAAAAGAAGGAUUCGGUCGUACAACCUGUUCCCAUUAACAUCAGGGUUCAGGACGUCUCCGAGAUCGACAGCAACUCUUCAUUCGUCGACGUCCCAGAUGUUUCGAAUCGCGGACCACCUACACCACCAAUGACACCUACAGAACAUGCCAGAGCCAAGGCUGCACCUCAUGACGGAGCAGCCGACUCAAAGGACAUACCUGCUCCUGUUGGAAGCCCUUGCUCUCGCAAGGACAAUGCCACAGACCACAUUGCCAACCGCGCCUCGCCUUCAGAAGCUCCAAAGACCGCGAAAUCCUCCAAGCAGAAGGAUUCAGAACUGGGCCUCGCAUCGAAGGCUUGUAUCUGGUUCAUUGGUCUUUGUGGUGGUAAAACUCGCGCAGCGUGGGUUUACGAACACUCUGGACUUGCAACAUUGCUAACUCGUUGCACAGUNGGUGUGGCAAUCGCUAUGGGCGUCGCCGCAGUCGCGUUCGCCAUCAACACACGUUCCGCUUGA